AUGGAUGAGGCGGAUAGGUUGAUGAGGGAAAUGAGGGGUUUUGGUCUUUAUCCUGGUAAGAUUACGUAUGUUGCGAUGACUAAGGGUUUUGUGGAGGGUGAUAGGUUGGAGGAAGCGUGUGGAUUGUUUAAGGUUAUGGAGAGUCAUGGGUGUUUGCCGAACACGGUGAUGUAUUCUACACUGCUUGAUGGGGUUUGUAGUUUGGGGAGUCCAGACAAGGCGUUGCAGUUGUUGGGGGAGAUGGAGAAAGCAGGCGGUGACAGUAAACCAAAUGUUAUUACUUAUACAUCUGUGAUACAAAGCUAUUGUGAAAAUGGCAAGUCCUUAGAGGCGUUGAGUAUUUUGGAUAGAAUGGUUGCCAACGGUUAUGCGCCUAAUAGGGUCACUGCUAAGGCUGAGAAGGUGUUCAGAAAGAUGUUAGCUACUUCCGUCAGUCCUAAUAGCCUGGCCUCGAGCCUUUUGAUUAAGAAACUUUGUUCAAAGGGGCAGAUUCUGGAUUGUUAUCGCUUGUACGUCAUAAUUGAGAAGUUGGGUUGCAUAUUGACAAUUGAUUCUGAUAUUUAUUCUAUUUCGUUGGCUGGGCUUUGCCAAGACGGACAUUUGCUAGAGGCUGCAAAUCUUGCUGGGGUAAUGGUGGAAAAAGUUAUUGAAUUGAAACCUCCCUAUGGUGAGAUCACGAUUGAUCAUUUGAAAAAUCUUGGAGAACUCGAGCUAGUGUCUCAUAUUUUAAGACUUCAAAACCGGAGUUGA